GUAUGACUCCGACUCCGAGUCGGCGGAUGCGCCAGAUCGCACCGAUUGCCCGAAGAAAGCGGAGGAGGUGCCGGUGACGGAGGUGCCCGUGGCCGCUGCGCGUUGUGCUGCGGUGUUGCUAGAUUGUAGCCCGAAGAAAGCGGAUGACGAGGUGCCAGUGACAGAGGUGGCCGUGGCGGGUGCAGCACGCUGCGCUGCAGUCUUGCUAGGGCGAGAACGCGCCAAGGAGAAAAGCUGCACCAAAGGCACACGAGCGGACGACAAGUCAGGGCAAAGGUUAAGCACCAGGCUGGUGCACUUGCAGCGUCGAAGCCCUCCUGUGGCGUUUGUCUCCAGGCAGCAGCCGGUUUUUGCCCAUUGGGAAUUCCACCAGGAUGGCGCGGCCGCGGGCUUCCAAGCUUUGACGGCAGGCUUCUCCAACUACGUGUGGAAGGCCACCUGGGAGGAUCGACCUCUGGUAGUGAAAUGCUUCACAGAUCUGGUGUUGCUGCGGAUCGAGAUGCACGCCGUGGGCGCCAUGGAUCAGUUGGCCAGUCGCUGUCGCGUGGGGCCAAAAGUGCACAGCUGCUGCCACCUGGGAAUGGUCAUGGACUUCCUACCCGGCGACAUACUGCAGGAGGCAGAUGUCCACUGUGGGAACUGGAAGCUCUUGGAUCAGAUCGCUGCACGUUUGUUUGACUACCACAGGCAAGAAGUCCCCGCGGCCGCGGUGGGUGAACCGAUGCUGUGGAGAACCAUGGAGAAGAUGCUGCUGGUGGUGGACGAUGAGAGUCUCCCCAGCUCUCUGCCGCCUCUGGCCGAGCUCCGCGCCGAGAUCGCGCGCGCGCGGGAGGCCUUGGAGGCCUUGGAACCCAAGGUGGUGUGUGGCCACGGUGACUUCAAGCCCUCCAACGUUUUAGAGCAUCAAGGAGAGGUUUGGCUGAUUGAUUUCGAACUUGGAGGCCCAAAUUAUCGCGGCUUCGACUGGAUGAAAUUGUUCCGCCGUCCCGAAGGGGUUUCCCAGAAGGACCUGGAACACUUUUUGCAAAGCUAUGCCUCCCACCAGGCCGAAAGGGUGGACCUUUCUUCCCUGUUGCGCGAGACCUUAGCCUUCGAACCUCUGACCUGGUUGGAAGCUUUUGUGUUUUUCCUGGCGCUCCCGAAAUACAAGCCGGAGGGUGUUGAGAAAUGGCAACGGUUAGCGGAACACCGCUGGGAGAUGUACCAGCAGACACGUUAUCGGCUGCUGCCGUGA